AUGGAGCUGCUGCUGUCGGCCCCCGACUUCAGCCUAAACCCUCCGCUGCCGCUGCUGUACAUCUAUUCUGCUGCUGCUGCUGCUCAUCCUGCUGCUGCUGCUGCUGCUGCUUGGCGGCAGCGGUUUGCUGCUCUUGACGGCUCCGUGGGGCAGCAGCAGCAGGCCUGUUCAGCAGCAGCAAACCACUACCUCCCCAUCGCCAAGGCCACAGCCUCAGCGUACGCGAGCGGAAUCCCCCAAGCUGUGGAGGUGCUGCGGCUUGCUGCUGCAGCAGCAGCAGCAACAGGAGCAGCAGCAGCAGCAGCAGGCCCCACAGAAGACAGCGAGCAGCAGCGGCUGAGUGCAGACCCUGAGCAGCUCACAAUGCUGCUGCACGAAGCAGAAGAGGGCAACGUCGCUGUGCACGCGGUGCUGGGCCGGAAGUACUUAUUUGGGACGGACGGAUUUCCCCAAAACUUCGCAAAGGCCAAAUACCACUUGAUGGCGGCUAGCAGCAGCUGGAAGGGGGAAGCAAAAGGGCUUUUGGGUUAUAUUUACGCUUUGGGCCUCGGAGUGGAGCAGGACUUAAAUGAAGCAGCAGAAUGGUUUUUCAGAGGGGCCACAGAGAACGAGGACCCCAUCGGUAGGGUUUAG